CACUUGGAUACUUCCAAAGUCUGCAAAUUGUUGAAAUGUACAUUGGAUGGCACUAAAUUCUUCAAUCUGCUACAUUCUUGAACUUCUAUAGUUUUUAGGUUACUAAAAAUAGAUUCAAUUUGGGAUUCUUCCUUCCAAAGAUGUGUUAGCUCAUGGAGUUUGGACAGCCUUAGUUCGCAUAAUGGAGUGCGUCCACAUGUAGAAGGUUUUUCCUCAACACCAACUUCUUCACAUUGGAAUACUUCAUUGAGGAAAGUAUCCCUCACAACAAGCUUUUCAAGACUGGGCAAAGACUGGAAGAAAAAGGGCGAAAGGAGAGUCGAUCUCUCAGGAUGAAAACGGGUGAGUUCCACUACCUUUAGCUUGUCGAAAUACUCUUCUGGAUGUUUUCCAUACCAUAUCUCCUUUAAAUUGCCAUUCUGUUCCAGUUUCAAUUCUUCUAGACUCGGAAAUGUAUCCUACAAAGUUUACAUGAGUAAAAAACUUGAAAAUAAGGGGAAAGACAGCACAGUUGAUGAGAUGGGUAGAUGGGAAGGCAACAAAUGGGUUUGGAACCUUCCUUGGAGACGUGCCCUGCAUUCUUGGGAACAAGAAUCCGUGCAAGAACUCAAAGGACUACUCAAGGAAAUCAACUUGACCAAAGGGAAGGAAGACACUUGGACCUGGGAACCACAUAAAUUGGGAGACUACUCAGCUAGCUCAAGAUAUACUACUUUGAUCCAACAUCAACCCUCACCUUACCGACAAAUUUUUGAGAAGAUUUGGAAUCCCAUGAUUCCAAGUAAAGUCUGUGGGUUCACUUGGUUGUUAUUACUUGAUAGGAUUCCUUCAAAAAUUAACUUGUUGAAAAGGGGAUUAAUUAAGGAGAUGGAGGCCACAAAAUGUAGUCUUUGUGGACAGAAUAUGGAAGACAUCAACCAUCUUUUUCUCCACUGUCCGGCUACUGCAAAAAUCUGGGCAAUGUGUUACCAAUGGUGGGGCUUCUCUACAACCAUUGCUGGUUCAUGUUGGGAUCCUUUCAUCCAACAUGAAUCCUUAGUCGCUAAAAGCAAUGAACGGCUGGGUUGGGUCACGGUUUGGUUUUCUCUUGUUUGGGCCAUCUGGACUACCAUGAACAACUUAAUCUUUAGAGGUGGAUCAUUUGAUUCGACAAAGACCUUUGAUAAAAUUCAGGUUCAAGCCUUCCUUUGGGUCAAAAACAAAGGAAAGGAAGGACGAUUCUGUUUCUCUGAUUGGAUUCUCAAUCCCAGAUGCUGCAAGAUUUUGUAAUGAACCUCCUAAUGUUGUACUUUCAUUUCAAUCGGUGCUGAUUAAUGUAUAAGGGAUUGAGUACCCCUUGUACUCACUAAAAUAAAAUAAAAUAAAAAAAAAUCUUUGCC